AUGACUUUACGAAAACCCAGCAAGUAUGGGACCAAACUUAGAUCGAACUCGACGCCGUUUAACUCAAAGCGCGCGAAAACUGUCGAAUCCUCUUCCCUCAGGUCAAGCGAAGCAACGUCACAAGAUGAGAAGUAUCAGGCAGUUAGGCUGGCAAAUAGCAUUGACGAGGCAAUGGGAUUCCCACGGUUUGAAGCCGGAAAGCCAAGGACUGGUUGGCUAAUUAACAUGCAUAGUACCAUAAUAGAAGACCCAAAAGUGCCAGGAGGACGAGCUGGCGUUGAAUACUAUUUCCUGGAUGACAACGGUACUAGUUUCAAGGCCAUAGUUGAAUACGACCCGUACUUCUUGAUCGCAACGAAGAGAGGUCAUGAGGGAGAAGUAGAGGAAUGGUGCAAAAGGAUGUUCGAAGGUAUGGUGAAAAGUGUCAAGCAGGUUGAGAAAGAGGAUCUGCAGAUGCCGAAUCAUCUCCUCGGUCACAAGCGGAGGUUUCUGCAACUUAGCUUUGCUAAUGUUGGAGACUUGCUGGGGGUUCGGAAGUCAAUAUUACCAAUUGCGCAGAAAAAUAAGAAGAAUGUGAAUGCUAUGGACACCUAUGCGGAGAUGGCUAGCUCAAAUGUUGGAUUUGAUCUUUUCGAUGAAGAGGUUAAUGAUAGGCCCCAGAAAGCAUUUAUAGACGCUAGCGAGUACAUCGUUGAUAUUCGAGAAUAUGAUGUUCCAUACCACGUUCGAGUUUCCAUUGAUAAAGAUAUUCGGAUCGGGAAAUGGUAUUCAGUCCAGUCCAAGAACGGAGUUAUUUCUUUAAGCUGUAUUGAGGACCGUCUCAAGCGAGCGGAUCCUGUCGUCCUGGCUUAUGAUAUUGAGACGACCAAACUGCCCUUGAAAUUCCCGGAUCCAGUUAUCGACCAAAUAAUGAUGAUAUCAUACAUGAUUGAUGGACAAGGAUUUCUCAUAACGAAUAGGGAAAUCGUCUCUGAAGAUAUUGCCGAUUUCGAGUAUACGCCGAAACCAGAAUAUGACGGGCCCUUUACCAUCUUUAAUGAACCAGAUGAAAAAAAGGUCAUCGAACGUUUCUUCGCUCAUAUUAAAGAGGCGAAACCUACUGUAAUUGCAACUUACAACGGUGACUUCUUUGACUGGGCAUUCGUUGAGGCUCGAGCUAGCGUGCAAGGGAUUGACAUGUAUGCUGAGAUCGGGUUUCGGAAAAAUAGUGAAGAUAUCUACCAAAGCAAUUACUGCGUUCAUAUGGAUUGCUUUGCAUGGGUUAAUCGAGACAGCUACCUCCCACAAGGAAGUCGAGGUCUAAAAGCUGUCACCGUGGCAAAACUGGGCUAUGAUCCAGACGAGCUUGAUCCCGAGGUCAUGACGAGAUACGCUAGCGAACGUCCCCAGACUUUGGCUGAAUACUCAGUUUCUGAUGCAGUGGCAACAUAUUACCUCUACAUGAAAUACAUCCAUCCGUUUAUUUUCUCCCUCUGUACGAUUAUUCCUCUUAACCCUGACGAUGUUCUCCGUAAGGGCACGGGAACACUCUGUGAGAUGUUGCUUAUGGUACAGGCAUACAGGGGAAACAUUAUUUUGCCAAACAAACACACAGAGCCACCCGAAGCGUUCUGGAACGGCCAUUUGCUUGAUUCUCAAACAUAUGUCGGAGGUCAUGUGGAAAGUAUCGAAGCCGGCGUUUUCAGGAGUGAUAUUCCAGUUAAUUUCACAGUCGAUCCAGCUGCCAUUGACGAACUACUCCACGACCUUGAUGCCGCUCUAAAGUUUAGUAUUGUUGUGGAGGAGAAAAAAGCCCUGGAUGAUGUUACCAAUUACGACAAGGUUAAAGCUCAGAUUGCUAAAAAGUUGCUCAAUUUAAAGGAGACCCCGAAUAGGAACGAGAGACCCUCGAUAUACCACUUGGACGUUGCAUCCAUGUAUCCUAACAUCAUGACCACCAACCGUCUCCAACCAGACUCCAUGAUACAAGAAUCGGACUGUGCGGUCUGUGAUUUCAAUCGACCAGGGAAAACAUGUGAUCGACGUAUGCCUUGGUCUUGGAGAGGUGAAUAUAUUCCCGCAAAGCGGGAUGAGUACAAUAUGAUUCGACGUGCUGUGGCGAACGAGAAAUUCCCGGGGAAGACGAAAAAGAGCCCGAUGAGGGCGUUCGAAGAACUCAGCACGAGCGAACAAGCCACCAUUGUAAAGAAGCGGUUGCAAGACUAUAGCAAAAAGAUCUACCACAGAAUCUACGAGAGCAAAACCGUUCAGCGGGAGGCCAUCAUCUGUCAGCGGGAAAAUCCUUUUUACGUUGAUACGGUGCGAAGCUUCAGAGACCGGCGAUAUGAUUUUAAGGGUCAACAAAAAGUCUGGAAGGGCAAAACAGACUCGUUAAAGGCUGCAGGAGCUCCUGCAGUAGAAAUUGAGGAGGCCAAAAAAAUGAUUAUACUUUUUGAUUCUCUGCAGCUGGCACAUAAGGUCAUCUUGAACAGUUUUUAUGGAUAUGUCAUGCGAAAAGGUUCACGCUGGUACUCAAUGGAAAUGGCAGGUGUGACAUGCCUUACUGGUGCUCAUAUUAUCCAGAUGGCUAGGGAAUUGGUAGAACGGAUUGGCCGCCCAUUGGAACUCGAUACCGACGGCAUUUGGUGUAUGCUUCCGGGAACAUUUCCGGAAAAUUUUGCAUUCACUUUAAAAAAUGGGAAGAAGUUGCCAAUAUCGUACCCUUGCGUCAUGCUCAACCAUCUUGUCCACGGGCGAUUUACCAAUCACCAGUACCAAACGCUCGUGGACCCGAAAACUUUCAGAUACGAAACCCAUAGCGACAACUCUAUCUUUUUCGAGGUAGAUGGCCCUUACAGAGCUAUGAUUCUUCCAACAUCGAAAGAGGAAGACAAGAAUCUUAAAAAAAGAUAUGCCGUUUUCAAUCAUGACGGUUCACUUGCUGAGCUUAAAGGCUUCGAGGUCAAGCGAAGAGGCGAGCUGAAACUGAUCAAAAUCUUUCAAACCCAGAUUUUCAAGUUCUUCCUGGAAGGGACAACUCUUACUGAAACUUAUGCAGCUGUUGCAGAGGUUGCGAACAGAUGGCUUGAUGUUCUACAUAUGCAUGGAACAACCUUGGCGGACGAGGAACUCAUCGACUUGAUUUGCGAAAACAGAAGUAUGUCGAAAACACUGGAGGAAUAUGGAAACCAGAAGUCCACAUCAAUCACAACAGCGAAAAGACUCGCAGAAUUUUUGGGAGAUCAGAUGGUGAAAGACAAGGGUCUGAACUGCAAAUAUAUCAUAUCUUCAAAGCCAAGGACCUCCCCUAUCACUGAUCGCGCCAUACCCGUUGCUAUAUUUUCCGCUGAGUAUAGCGUUAAACGUUUUUUCCUCCGGAAAUGGUUAAAGGAUGAUCCCGGAGAUAUGGAUCCGCGUACAAUCAUUGACUGGGACUACUAUCUUGAAAGAUUAGGUUCUGUGGUUCAAAAGCUCAUAACCAUUCCCGCCGCUCUCCAAAAAAUCCGAAAUCCAGUUCCGCGAGUUCCUCACCCAGAAUGGCUCCAACGGCGAAUAAAUAUCAAAGACGACAAAUUCAAACAAAAAAAAAUGACUGAACUCUUCGAAAAAACUCCGUUAUCCGAUCUACCAACCAAUAUAAUGGAUCAUCGUUUACCAGCCAGCGGAGAUAUCGAAGAUAUGGUGUCGCAGUCGACGCAAAAACAUAGGUAUAACAUAGUCAAUAAAGGCGCUCAGAAACGAAAGGUGCUUGAGAACUCAACAAGUCAAUUGGAUCCAUUCGCUAGCCUUCCAGCGACAAUCCCAUCUAUUACUGAAGACUACGAAAGCUGGCUAAAGUACCAGAAACAGAAAUGGAAAAUCCAAAAACAGGCUCGAAUCCGCCGCCGCAAGCUCUUUGGUGAGAGAACGAGCACGACAACUAAUGUAAUUGGUAACUUCUUCCGGAAUCAGGCUGAGCUUGUUUAUGUCAAAACUUGGCAAAUUUUACAGCUCAAGGAAACCGAUAUCCCCGGAGAAGUUAGAAUGUUCGUGCUAAUUGACCACAAGAUACACGCACUUACAGUCAAGGUCCCACGGCACAUUUUCAUUAACCUAAAGCAUGAGGAUCUCCCCGACGUCAAUUUGGUAGAUUGUUCUGUGCAGAAGGUCAACCACUCACUGCCCAAUGGUCACCCGUCUGUCCAUCUAUUUAAACUGAUUAUGCCAGAAGACACUUAUUUGAAAGAGGCGGACAAAAUUUCUAUAUUGCUAAACCAUCCGAGUGUCGAAGGAGUUUAUGAGAAGAAAGUACCCCUAAGCGUUCGGGCAGUUUUAAAGCUUGGCACACUCUGUACAUUCGAUGAGAGCCAACGGGGAGUUUUGGGAGAAGGUCUUGAAAAUGGGUUCGAGCUUUCGACACUUUUACGCGCUGAACAGCCAAAGCAAAAAUACUUGAUGGACGUUUCUAUGGAAUACAUAUUCCUCUAUCACGUUGUGUCUGGCGAUAGACAGAUUUUCGCUAUUUGCUCGAGCCGGAAUGAAGAAGCCCAUAUCGUGAUUCUUACGCGGCUGAGAGAAGUGCAAGGUUUUCCAAACGUCGACAAGAUAUACAAGGAAGCGCUUGAGAAGAAAGUCCAGGAACAUGCUGGCGAAUCGUGGCAACAGAUAUUUGACUAUCAGGAUAAUAUUCAUUUCAAGACAACGCAGGUUACGACGAGGAGAAAGGCCUUGCUUGAGGUUGGCGAUGUAAUUAAGAAAUUCAGAACUGACAGCAAUCAGGCAAUCAUGCUGGUUGUUCAAUCUCCCCAAAGACGCCAAUUAACACAGGAGGUACCGAUAAUCAAAGAGCACCCUGUUCUACCUCUGAGGUCCGAGGCAUCAGACAAUGAUCUGCCUCCGCUUGGCUGGCAACCCUUUGUUGCAAAACAAAUAACAAUGCACUAUUUAGCACUGGGUUCAUGGCUCUACCAUCUAGGUGAGCUAGCAAGAUAUGGUGAUGUUCCUAUCUGCAAUUUAGAAAAGGAUGAUCCCAAAUAUUUGAUUGAUAUUGCAUACGCGAGACGACUGGAACAAAAUAAUAUAGUUCUAUGGUGGUCUCCCUCGCCCCUCCCAGAUCAUGCCGGCUAUGAAAAGGACGAUAUCCUCGGGCCGAUGCAGAAGGUAGAUAUGCCUUCAAGCAACAAUCCGGGGGCCUAUUCCUCUGUUUGCAUUGAACUCGAAAUCCGGAACCUCGCAAUUAAUACAAUUCUCACAUCAUCCCUCAUCAACGAACUUGAGGGAAGUGAAUCUACUUUGCUGAAUCCCGUUGCGCCGAACGAGACUGGAGCUUCAGAUGGAACAGGAGUGUUAUAUUCCGAUACUGCCUUCGCUUCUGCGGGCAUUCUUGUCUUGCGUGACUUGGUAAAGUCUUGGUGGGCGGAGGCGUGUCAGGGAAAUGGAAUGGCUGAUAUUAUGGUCCAACAUUUAAUUCGAUGGGUGGAGAGCUCCGACUCUUUCCUCUAUGAUCGGUCACUACAUUAUCACGUGCAAAUGAUGUCUAAAAAGGCAUUUCAACAACUGAUGACCGAUUUCCGACGAGUGGGUUCCCAGAUAAUCUUCGCCAGCCCUAGCCGGUUGUUACUCCAAACCACCAAGGGCGAAGUGGCCAACGCUUACGCUUACAGUCAGUAUAUCGUCAAGUCGAUCAAAGAAAAGCCACUCUUUCAUUUCCUGGAUUUAGAAAUUAAGGAGUACUGGGAUUAUCUUGUUUGGUAUGAUGAAUUCAAUUUCGGUGGGAAAGGUUGUCAAGAGGUUGUUGAAGCUGAGAACCAAGAACUUGAGACAGUCAUGCAUUGGCAACUGAGCAAGUUCCUCCCAACACCCUUGCAAACCGUUUUCCUCGACUGGGUCGUUGAAUACAUUGAACUCAUGCAUGGGCUGAAGAGACCCACUAUUGACAACGAAGGGGCAGACCCGCCUAGAGCCACACAACUGCCAUUCCAAUCAAUUACUGACUCUGACUCUGGGGAAAUGACUUCAAUCCUCACCGAAUCAUUCUCCAAGCCACUGAAGAGACAAAUUGCGGGGCUUAUACGGCGGCAACGUGAUGAGCUCCUUCAUCCUGAACUGGCGUCUGACUAUGUGUUUCCUACCCUCCCUGGUGCGUCAUGGCGUGCAUCAAAACACGAACGCAACCCAACACUUGAGCUGGUUAAGUCCCUAAUGCAGGUUCUGAGCCUAUGUAAGACCACUACUUUGGAAACGAGACUCCUUCGCCGCGAACUCCUCGCCCUUUUCGAGGUUAAAGAAUUUAGCGAUGAGGGGAGAUUUGAGAAUCCAAGUGGAAGUCUCAAAUUUCCACAACUGAUAUGCAAUCAUUGCACCAUGACGCGGGAUCUAGAUAUUUGCCGAGAUGGCGAUUUGUUACCCGAGAACAGCGCCGACAACAUUACUGCUGGAAGCAAGCCUUGGUGUUGUCUCUCUUGUGCCACCGAAUAUGACCGUCUUGCUUUGGAGGAGCGGCUGAUCGGGCAGGUACAAGGUCUUGUCGUCGAAUGGCAGACACAAGACUUGAAAUGCUCGAAAUGCAAAAGCCUUCGGGUGAGCGAAUUCAUGGAACAUUGUUCUUGUAGCGGGAGUUGGAUUGCGACAGUGGACCUAAGUGGGAUUGAAAAGAAGCUGAAUCUUUUCAAGAGCGUGGCCGAAUUUUAUGGGCUUAAAAUGCUGACGACUGUUACGAAUGGCGUUUUGGAAAGAAUGUAGAUAUUUGUUGCGUUUUUUUCCUUUUUGCUGAUGAUGCACUUUCUCUGUGAUUUCUGCAUGGCAUGGCAUGGCAUUGUUUGAAGACACAUGUUUUGGGUCCAAUGUUUUAUCAAUUAGUUAUGAAUCAAUCCAGCAAACAGAGUAGUAC